AUGAAUUUAAACAUCAAUUAUCUCAGCCUUGUAAGAGAAUUUAAAGACAAAGCAGCAUGCUCCGUUUCUCAAGCAAUGGAGGUAAUUAAAGAAAAAUCGAAGAGUAGUUUGCAUCUUGCUAAAGAAAAUAUUCGUUUUCAUUCAAAAACAAAGUCGUACGAAGAUAUAUUUAGAAGAAAAACCAGCUGCGAAUUGAUGAUAUUGAGUGGAGCAGUUUGUGGUAUCGAGUUUUGUUACGCAGCAGAAACCGCAUUCGUUACCCCUAUUCUUCUUUCCCUUGGUUUAGAUGUCAAAUAUAUGACUAUGAUAUGGUGCUUAAGCCCUCUUAUUGGAUUCUUCACGACACCUUUACUAGGAUCAUUAAGUGAUAGUUGCACUUCGAAAUAUGGUAGGAGAAGACCUUUCAUCAUCAUGUUUUCGGUUGGUAUAAUUCUGGGACUGAUGUUAGUACCAAAUGGCCAUUUACUGGGACUGGCUAUGGGCGACAAACGAUACAACGAGAGCGAAAGCUUUAAUUAUAGUAAUACAACCGAGACGAUACACUCUGAUCAUGUUAGCACUUACCCUAUUGGAAUCACUUUCACAGUUAUAGGAACCAUUCUUCUGGAUUUUUGUUCUGAUGCUUGUCAAUCUCCAGCACGGAGCUACUUGUUGGAUGUCACUAUUGAAGAGGAUCAUUCUCGAGGAUUGAGCAUCUUUACAAUAAUGGCUGGAUUAGGGGGUGCCAUUGGUUAUUCAAUGAGUGCCACCAGAUGGGAAAGUACAUUCUUUUCUUCGUUUACAGAUAAUCACGUUCGGAUAGUGUUCCUUAUGGUAUCCGUUUUCUUCUUAGUAGCUGUGACAAUUACAGUCACAUCAUUUAAAGAAAUUCCUCUAAGUUUUUUCCAAGAACCAGAUUCAAUUAGUUACCAAACUUUUAUAAACGAAGAAGAAUUACAAUACAUUCGUUUACAUAGUUUGCAAACAUGGCGUAAAAGCAAAACUGCCGAGUCUACAGAGGUUGAGGAUUACGUAACGAAUCGUGUACUUGAUGAAAUUGUAUCUUCAAAUUCUGUAGAAGAAAAUAUUAUCGAACAUCCUACAGUAGUGGAGUAUUUUAAAUCCAUAAUCAAGAUGCCAAAAUCACUUCGAAUUUUAUGCCUAACUAAUUUGUUCUGUUGGAUGUCAUUGGUUUGCUAUUCUUUGUACUUCACAAAUUUCGUCGGAGAAGUAGUUUAUAAUGGUAAUCCCACUGCAGCGCACAAUUCGCCAGAAUAUAUUCGCUAUCAAGACGGAGUAAAAUUUGGAUGUUGGGGAAUGGCUCUUUAUUCUCUUUCCUGCUGUAGCUAUUCGUACUGCAUUGAAAAAUUAAUCAGCAGAUUUCGUGCAAAAUCCGUUUAUAUAUGUGGCCAGUUAGUUUAUUCUUUGGGCAUGAUAUUUAUGUCACUUUUUCCCCAUCGAGCUGGCGUUAUUAUAUUUUCGACUACAGCAGGCAUCAUGUAUGCCACCCUCUUUACCUUACCAUAUAUACUAAUAGCCAGAUAUCAUUGCGCGGGUAAGUUUGAGGAAGAGGAAACUACGAGAAAUCAAGUGAGAGGUAUAGGAACAGACGUUGCAGUAGUCGGUAGUAUGGUAUUUCUGGCUCAAUUCAUCUUAUCUUCUUGCAUGGGAGCCAUUGUAGAUGCGUGUGGAUCGAGUGUUGCCACAGUUUGGGCUUCUGCUAUUUUAAGUUUCUGUGGUGCUUUAUCUGCAACACAAGUUAUGUAUCUUGAUUUAUAA